GCUACGGCUAGGCAGGACAGAGCAGGAAUGGCUGGGCUGGCCGAGCGAGGGUGCCCAGGAAGUCUGACGUUUCAAGUGGAUCCAGGAGCCACCGUCCAAGAAUGUCUGGGCGGUUACUGGGCCAAUUCUCAACGGCGACGUCCAAGUCUUUGAACAACGCGUCAGCUGGCUAAGCAAAACCACCGCUGCUGCCACCGCCACUGCUUAUUAUCGUGAGUGGUCUCUUGACUUUCUGUACAUCUGGUUCGAACUUUCCACGACUCCCGUCUUCCAUCCAGUGUUGUUUGCGACAUUUCGAACCUUCUUCACUGGCCUGCAGUCUCCACACUCGCUUCCAACCGCCAACGACGCCAGCCAAAUCUCCUGCGACUCCAGACGGGAGAGGUGGUCCCACACGUGGCCAUCAACGGCACAGGAGCGCCACCAACGGCAGCGGAAGCGGAUGCAACCGUAGUAUCGGGAUACCCACAGAGUCGGGAAUUUACAACGGUCGAGGUUAAGGUUCAGUCAAAUCUGACAGCCCUGACAGCCCUGAGUGGCAUCUACUGUACACCCUUGUACCAACAGAACGAGGCCGCAGGCCGCCAUGGCACCAACAGCAGUUAGCCCCAAUGCCCUGCGGGGCCUCGACAUGCCCCGAACCCCCAACGCGGCGAUGCUCCUCGCCGCGAAGCGAGCCAUAUCCGAGGCCGGGCCCGACGCCCUUCGCACCGCAGCCCACGGGCUGCUCCUGCGCCGUGCCUCGCUGGCCGUCACGGCCGACGCGCAAAAGGUCACCCUGGGCGUCAUCGCCGCCUAUGUCGUCGUCAUCGCCAUCCUGUGGAACAUCCCCUACGUGCGCUACGUCCUGUGGCCCUUCAAGAUGCUGGUCAUCGCCUUCCACGAGUUCGGCCACGCCUUUGCGUGCAAGCUCACAGGUGGCAAGGUCGAGUCUAUCAGCCUCGACCCGCGCGAGGGCGGUGUCACGCACAUGCGCGGCGGCAAGGGCGCCGUGACCCUGCCGGCGGGAUACCUCGGCAGCUCCCUGAUCGGGGCGUUGCUCACGUUCUGCGGCUUCAAUAUUGUUGCGUCCAAGAUCGCGAGCUUUGUGGUCGGGGCUGCGUUCCUGCUCAUUAUCUGGUGGGGACGGAGGGACUGGCUCACGAUCAGCACGGUGCUGGCAGCCAUCGGCCUGCUGGUCGGCUGCUGGUUCAUUGCUGAGGCUGAGGCCCUGAGAUAUGUUAUUCUUUUCAUCGGUGUCAUGUCGUCUCUGUACAGCGCGUGGGACAUCUGCGACGAUCUGAUCUUCCGGAAGGUCAAUAGUUCCGAUGCAUCGCAAUUCGCCAAGCGCUAUGGCGGAUCCUCUCAGUGCUGGGGUGUCAUCUGGUCCAUCAUCUCCCUGAUCUUCAUGGUUGCUGGUAUACUUGCCGGCAUUGCGGCCUUCCCGCAGACUCUCGCAGAACAGAGACAGGACUCUAAUGACUUCAUCUCGACAUGAAGAGUCAUGGGAAACAUCGUUCGCCUUCCCGCCACUCCCACGUGAUUGGUUCAGCCUGGCCAUUCGUUGCAUACGCUGGUAAUGUGACGCGCCGGAGGACGACUUGGUGCCCCUUGCUGGCAGAGCAUAGCGGGCACGCAUUUGUGUUUUGGACAGCAUAGGAUAUUGGAUAAUGGAUUAGUACUGUGAUACCCCGAAUAAUGAGUGAUCCCUUACCAGGGAGAGGGAGGCCUACUAUGACGAAGGAGUACAUAUGUAGCUCGGAGGCCACUUCUGUAAGCGGUCGGAUGGAUUAGGACUAAUGUACGAGUAGACAAAAGCUACUGCGUGGUGUUAUUAGCCUGAUGAACUUGACUUCAUCGUCUUCC